AUGAGCCACCAGAACCACCAGCCGCCAAGCUAUGCCACAGACCCAAACACCAUGUUCGUUCAAGCAGACCCCUCCAAUUUCCGCAACAUCGUCCAAAAACUCACGGGAGCGCCACCACCUGACCUCUGCACUUCCGCUGCACAGCAGAAGCUUCCUUACACUCCGAAGAAACAAGCCUUCAAGCUCCACGAGCGUCGUCAGUCAUCCAAGAAAAUGGAGCUGAAGAUCAACAACAACAACGACUCAUUCAGCCAUUUCCACAGAGGAUUCCUCGUCUCUCCAGUCUCUCACCUCGACCCAUUCUGGGCGCGUGUGAGCCCACAUUCAGUACGUGAGGAACACCACGCGCCUCCGGACAAUGAGGAGCAAAGAGCCAUCGCAGAAAAAGGGUUCUACUUCCUUCCAAGUCCGAGAAGCAGCGCCGAGCCAGCACCUGAGCUUUUGCCUUUGUUUCCUCUUUCUUCUCCCAACGGCACUAAUCACCGCACUGAGGAUGAUUAUCGCGACUACUAAUCAGAGUUUGUAAUCCUCAUUUUCAGUCUUACGAGCCUACUAAAUCGUAUGUUGGGUAGCACGUGAUAUCGCUGUUGCUUUUUACUAUUUUUGUUAGGGCUAAUCUAUCUUUUUAUUAACCUCUCUAGACUUUUUUUCUAUCAUUACCCUUCAUUAUUAACUUGUUCAAGGGUCAACUAUCCCACCGCGUGUAUUCCACUUCCGUUAGAAAAUAUCAUUCUUAUUAUAUAACUUUUUCAUACGCGGCAAAACACUAUGUCAAGGAAGACAUCAUACAAA